CAUCUCUAGAUAAUAUUAGCAGUAUUUUUCAUAUAAACAAAAGAAAUAUUGUUUGGUAUUUUUUAGGCCCAUAUUGAUAGGUGUUUCGUUUCAAGGUUGAAUUUUGUUUGCUUUGGUUUUUCCGAUUUCAAUAGGCCUCCAUAUCCUGACUUAUUGAGAUGAAUAAUCUAUAAGUAUACCGGAGGACUGUUUGACAUCCAAACAAGGCGCUCAGCCAGGCGGUAAAAGUUUACUCUACUCACAGGGGUUCAGGAAUUGCUGCACCAAACCCAAUCGGAUCGAUAAAUGGGCGCCGAACACUCGCAGCAGCGGAUUGAAGUUGAUGGGCACGAAAUCCUCGAUGGCCGCCAGUCACAAGGAACUGGAGCGGGUGUAGGGUCAGGGGCGACAUUGGCCGCAGGCGCAGGCUCACUUAACGAUGGUAGCGGCAUGGUCCUGGCAGCAGCAGCUGCGACGGCGGCGGCCAACAAGCGACGUGGCCACCGACAGGCGAGUGGUGGAGCCCCUGGACCUGCUAGUAUUAUGAUAGCAAGCAAGCAGAUCAUCGCAGAGGCCGCAUCCCCCGGGAGCACGGAGCUGAGCAGACCUCCGUCGCCGCCAUUGAGCGUCUGCUCCGAUCUACCCUACGUCUCUUACACUGAUCGUCCCAUUGGUGACUCACCAAAGAUACGCAGUAAGCCGACGCACAUGCUGCAGCAAAACAGUGCCUUGCGCGCGGCUGCCAGGAAGUCCCAUCCAGGGGGUUUUACCAGCUCCAUUAAGCCAAAACGGCCGCAGUCGACUGCCUCUAGUCACAACAUUGUUAUAGUGCGGCCCGGGGCUAUCGAUGCUGGCGAGGAUGUGGAUCAGGACCUGGCUCGGUUGCGCAACAUUCCGCAAUUCCUUCCUGUCCUACGCGAGUCGAUCACCUCGGCAACGUACACGCGGGAUGCAGAAAUCCUUGAACGGCUCCACUCGCAGCACCUCGUAAACAUAUGCACACGCAUGCAGACACACCUGAAUCUGUGCGCUAACUAUGUUUCCAGCGAACAAAACCAUCUAGUCGAGCGCACCAAAGUGGUCAGCAACUCGAUUACCACCUUGUUCGCCAGCUUCGUGGAUUUGCAGAAGACAUACGCCUCGUACGCGGAACAAUUCGUCAAGAUUCGGAACGUUUCCCACCAGCUCAGUCGCUGCAAUUCACUGCUGCACGAGAAUAUUGCUAGCCUUGAAGCCAUCAACAACUUCCUUGACGACGAAGACCGCCUGGAGCCUUUCAUCUGGCGGACUGACGACAACAAGUUGAGGGGCGAGGCGGAGGGAGCCAUUGGGGGCAACAGCAGCCGUUUGUGGCGACUAUAAGAAAGAGAUUACUAUUAAAUAAUUUAUUUAAUGUGAAUAUUAAUGUUAUUGAUUCCCGCAUUCGCACUUUUUAUUAGUAAAUUAAACAAUC